AUGAACUCUAAUCAGCAGGUUACUCUCAAGCUUACUUUCUUUGACAGUGGCAAAAUGUUAAUCACUACCUUAGUGUAUGCAAAGUGUGAUGUUGUGGAUAGAUUGGAACCGUGGGAUAAUAUCUAUUCUUUAUCAAGCAGCAUGAAUGCUCCAUGGUUGGUAGGUGGAGACUUCAAUGUCAUUUUACAUAAAGAAGAGAAGAUAGGUGGUUUGCCUGUUCACUUAACUGAGGUUGAGGAUUUUGCGUUUUGCAAAAACUCUUGUGACCAGCUGGAUAUUGACUUUAGGGGCAGUCCCUUUACUUGGUGGAAUGGUAGAGUGGGGAAGAUUGCAUAUUCAAAAGAUCGGACAGAUUUUAGUCAAUAA